AUGCCUGCGCAUUCGACAGUGUUAGCAUCGCGACGAACGAUUCUGCUAGCUGCUCUGGUGCUGUACGAGCAAUUUGUGCACGAAUACGAUGCUGAACGGGAUGCCGUAGAGGUGGAGGUUCGGUUGGGCAGGUUUGAGAAGCUAUCCAAGGAUUGGGAAAGCAUCCAGCAGCAGCUCGAAGACCAGACGAGCAAUGCCGAAGAAAUUGUACAUAAUGCUGCACUCCGCGAGGACUUUGAGGCGAGAGUGAUUCGCGUUCAAUCCGCGUUAAAACGGGAAUGGAAGGAAAUAUCCCGCCUACAGAAUGCGCAGCCAAGGCCGGGUGGCAACCCGCUGCAAGGCAUAAAACUGCCCACCAUUGCACUCCCGGAGUUCGAUGGUGACUAUAUGCAAUGGCUGACCUUUAGGGACACUUUCGAGUGCCUCAUCCACCAAAACGACGAUUUACCAGCCAUUCAAAAAUUUCAUUACUUGCGCGCUGCUGUCAAGGGAGAAGCUGCUCAAGUGAUCGAAGCGAUCACGAUUAGUGCAUCCAACUACGAUCUCGCUUGGAGAAUGCUGACGGAGAGAUACUCAAAUGAGUACCUAUUAAAAAAGCGUCACCUGCAAGCGAUGUUCGGCAUUGCACCGGCCAAGAAGGAAAGUGCGUCGACCCUGCAUCAGCUGGUCGAUGAGUUCCAGCGCCACAAAAAAACGCUGGACCAUUUGGGUGAAGACACCAACACAUGGAGCAGCAUUUUAGAACACCUCCUGUGCACUAAUCUGCCUGUAUCCACCUUGCGUGAUUGGUAG